AAAUUGACUGUGACAUAUUUCAAUACAAUAUGUAAACUGUGUGUUGCGAGUGUGUUGAGCGCACUUAAAUCCCAAGUUUUGCUGCGAUUGUUUCUUUUACAUUUUUCACAUUUUCUAAUUUAUAAAAAAAUCCGUAAAAAACUCAACGUUUGUGUUUUUUUUUCUAAGCAGCUUGGGAUCAAUUAGAUUGGUGCAUAGUUUUAUGCAUUAUUUAGAUAGGGAAAAUACGUGAAUAUCGUUUUUUUACGAAAAAGAAAAAGUGAAUUUGCUUGAAUAGCAGACAAAACAUACACAACAUUGGAAAAUGGCUAGCACUUCAAGAACUGAGGGUAUGAUGAAUAAAGUUGUGUGCUAUGCACAUCCAGAAGCACACUUGAUCGAAGAUUACAGAGCAGGCGACAUGAUUUGUUCGGAAUGCGGUUUGGUGGUUGGCGAUCGUGUUAUAGAUGUGGGCUCUGAAUGGAGAACAUUCAGCAAUGAAAAAUCUGGCGUCGAUCCAUCUCGUGUCGGUGGACCCGAGAAUCCUUUAUUGAGUGGUGGCGAUUUAUCCACCAUGAUUGGCCCAGGAACUGGUUCAGCAUCAUUUGAUGGAUUUGGAAAUGCCAAAUACCAGAAUCGUCGAACAAUGAGCAGUUCAGACCGUGCUUUGAUUGCCGCAUUCAAGGAAAUCUCCCAAAUGGCCGACCGUAUUAAUUUGCCAAAAACUAUCGUGGAUCGGGCCAAUAAUCUGUUCAAGCAAGUGCAUGACGGUAAAAAUCUCAAGGGUCGUUCGAACGACGCUAAGGCAUCAGCAUGUUUGUACAUAGCUUGUCGACAGGAGGGAGUACCACGUACAUUUAAGGAAAUCUGUGCAGUGAGCAAAAUUAGUAAGAAGGAAAUUGGUCGUUGCUUCAAACUCACAUUGAAAGCACUUGCUACAUCUGUUGACCUCAUCACCACCGCUGACUUUAUGUCACGGUUCUGCGCCAAUUUGGACCUGCCGAAUAUGGUUCAACGUGCAGCGACACAUAUCGCACGCAAAGCCGUCGAAAUGGACAUUGUACCUGGUCGAUCGCCGAUAUCAGUGGCUGCCGCUGCAAUUUACAUGGCAUCACAGGCAUCAGAGCAAAAACGAAGCCAAAAGGAAAUCGGUGACAUUGCCGGUGUGGCCGACGUAACCAUUCGUCAAUCGUAUAAACUGAUGUAUCCACACGCAAGCAAACUUUUCCCUGAAGAUUUCAAAUUCGCUACACCGAUCCACAUGUUGCCUGCAGUUUAAGAGAAAAAAGAAAAACAGUUCUAUUUUUAUUGUUGGAAAUUCUUUACAUCAGUUAAAAUACUUUACCUCACUUACUUUUCGACCCCUGCAAGAAUCCAAUUAGUUUUUAUUUUAUGUACGGACCUUUUCUUUCGUCUGCAUUCUUUUUAUAACCGAAGCGACUCUGGAAACAGUUUUAAAUAACAGAAUGCUGUUGAUAUAUAUGUGAAAUAGUACAAACUACUAUCGAUUGAAUGAACAAGAACAUUGAACAUGAAAAAAAAUCUUAUUUUUCCUCUGCUUUUUUUCCCACAAAAUUAUUUAAGAAACAAUCACUUAUAUUUCCUUUUUUAUAACUUUAUUCAAUAUUAUUUCGAAAUGUAGAGGAUAGACAGAAAUCAUGUAAUAAUUUUGCACGAAAAUUAUUAUUAAAGUGGACUUUUGAGAAUUUAAAA